UUUAAAUGAAAAGAGCAUGAACAGGACUCAUUUUAUUUUAAAAAUCAAUUAAGCAUUGCUUAUCACAUGUCAGGAAUGAAAAUAUUUCACAUUUGUGCACCGACUAAUAUCAGAAAUAAAAUUGUGAGUAAUACACGGUUCAUUGUGCUGUGCGAUGGGUAAGAAGAUUUCAAAAUUUAGAAACCCGAGGGUUUUCACAGAGGAGGAGAUAAAAUUAAUAGAAGAAUCUUUUGAAAUUAACAGGAGUGAAAUAGCUACAAUGUCAACAGAAGUUCUCUCGGUAAAAUGGCAUGAUUACAUGCUCAACACAACUAUAGACAUAUGGUUACAAUACUUGUUCCCUGGAACGAGUAAGAACUUGGAUUGGAGCAGGUUCACAUACUUACAUAAAGGCCAGGGAAGUCACUUUUUGGAAGAAAAAGCCCAAGCGAUUGUCAGGGUAUUGAUUAACAUCCCAAAGGAGGAACCUUUAGAACGCUCUGUCGAAACAGAAAAAGUGAAAACGUAUUUCAGGGAUGUAAUAGCUUCCUAUCUUCGAAGCUUGGGAAGCUAUGAAAAUGCAGACUUCUUCAAGUGGUUAAAAAUCGAUGCAACUACGUUCUCUUACAAUUUAUCUGAUAUCAUAAACAGUUUAACAUCUGAAUUGAAAACCGAUGAAGUUGUAGCUAAAGAUGUUGAAGAUUGGCUCAGGACUAAGCCGAUAAUCAGUGAUAUUCUUAAUGGGCUUUUAUGCAUAGCGUAUGGAAUUGUGGAUGUCACUUCUGUCCCUUGUGUUUUACCCAAACCGUUAUCGUAUUUCUCAACAAUUCUAGAUAUAUCGCAUGUGAUAUUUCUAUGCGCACAUUUGACAAAGACGUGCACAAAAAAUUGGAAGCUGCGGUUUCACAAUCAAGGCCACGGUAGCAAUUAUACACUUCUGUGUAAAACCAUUCUCGGCGUCGGGCCAAAUUUAUUAAUAAUCAAAGACCACGGGAAUCAUGUGUUUGGAUGCUUUGCAUCAGAAUCUUGGAAACAGUCGACACAAUUUUAUGGUGACAAUAGAUGCUUUUUGUUUCAAUUAUCACCUGUGCUACGCCUCUUUGAACCAAGCGGUACCAACAAUAACUUCAUGUACCACAAUUCUAGUCAUCACACUUAUCCUAAUGGAUUUGGUAUGGGAGGGCAGAUAGGUUUUUUUGGCUUGUGGGUUGACGGCGAUUUCGGGCAUGGUGCAUGUUCAGACUUUUGCAGCACUUUUACAAAUUUCGUACGCCCGUCUGUUUCUACACAGUUUACAUUCACUCACAUCGAGGUUUGGGCUGUUGCCGAUGAUUCUGAGGAUGACGACAAAAACUUUUACUUGCAGAGUCGUUUGUCAAUAACAGAUUCAGAUCCUUUUGCCCGUGCACUCAUUGAAAUCACAAGAUGAGGUACACUGGUUCCUCAAAAUAUUAAGACUCUCAAAAGUGACACAGUUGAUGUUUCUAUUAAAAAAUAUAAAAGUUUU